AUGACAUCAAUAUGUCUAAGAGAUUGCACAAACUGUUGCUUCUUGCCACCACUUGGGCAGCUACCCUUUCUCAAAGAACUCGAGAUUAGCGGAUUCGAUGGCGUGGUCACAGUAGACUCUGAGUUUCACUCCAAUGAUAUCUCCGUCGAAAGGCCAUUCAAAUCCUUGGAGAUUUUACGCUUUGAAGACAUGUCAGAGUGGAAGGAGUGGUCGUUAAUCGGAGGUAAUGAAGACGGCGGAGCUUUCCCUCGGCUUAAAGAACUUCAUUUGCGAUAUUGUCCGAAGCUAACCGGCGACGUUCCUGAUUACCUUCCGUCCUUGUCGAUACUCCGGAUAUGGCAAUGCGCACAACUGAAGGCUUUACUACCAAAUCCGAGGGCUCAACAGAUGGAUAUUGCAUUUCCAUCUCUUCUUACAAUGGAAAUGAGAGACUGUCCGGAAAUAGAGUCACUCCCAAAAGGAGGAUUGCACCAAAAUCUAAACACCAUUACCAUUUCCAAUUGCAGGAGUCUCGUCGCAAAUCGCUCGCAAUGGGAUAUGCAAAGAUUCACUUCGUUCCGAUCUUUGCACAUCAGUGACAUAAGUGAAGACGCGUUGGAUUCAUUUCCAGAGGAGGGGCUACUUCCGCCGACGCUUUCUUCUCUCUCAAUUUCCGACAUUCCGAAUCUCACAACUCUUAACAGCAACGGCUUCCGACAACUUACUUCUCUCGAAAAGUUGUCGAUUUCUUGGUGCGCAAGGCUCGAAUGCUUGCCGGAGGAAGGACUGCCCGUUUCUCUCUCUCAUUUGUGGAUCUAUAACUGUCCUUUGCUGAAAGAUCGGUGUGAACGAGAGAAAGGAGAGGACUGGCACAAAAUCUCACACAUUGCUUUUGUUCAUGUGGAUUGGGAAUUGGUGUAA